AAUAAAAUAUAAAAAAAACCAGAGAAGGUGGUCACUGUUUUUCGCCGGAAAACACCAUGGAUCGAUGCACUUUAUACCAUUCUUCCUCUGCACCGAAUUCUCCUCCCUCUGAAUUGAGUUCUCCCCUGCCGUCUAAUUCUCCCAUGUUUGACGUGCAUCGUUUUUAUCGGUGGACUGGUCGUUCGCAACAAGAAGUGGGAUUUCCUCUUUCCUCUGUCACGUCUCGCAGUGUUGAGCCAAUCUACCCCUGGGAUAGAGUCCCAGUUAACGGGAAUGGGCUGGAUUUUGAGCCGGCAGGUAGAGAUUUUGUCCCUGGAAAAAUAACUUAUCCAGAGACUUUCUUCGCUCAUUGCCCAACAAGUGUCUUCGAGAAAAAUCAACAGUCGGUCGCUAAGGUCAGUGUCUCGAAUUCGUAUUUGCAUGCUACACACCCGAAAGACUGGCUCCGGUACGAGUUCGACAAGCAUGGGGACAUGAGCGUUGCUCUUUGGUAUUACUGCCUCACUCAUGAUGGAAGUAGCUGUGAGUACAGGUUAGGUUCACCCGACGCUCUUGGUCCGGUCUCCGAUGAAGAUGAUGAAGAUUCCUCCGAUGGAACCAAUCAUCUUUAUGUUGAAGAGGCCGAGUCAAGUCGUCGCGUGAGGAGGCGUAUUGAAACUGUGAAGAAGAUUGAACCGGGUGGUAGGGACUUUAUUCCCGGAAGAAUUAGCUACCCACAUGAUUUUCUUGCUAACUUCGAUGGUCGUGUACGCGCCAAGAUGCAAGAUUGGCUUGUAAAGUUGGAGGGACAUCAUGCCGCGUCCAUUAAGCGUCACGGCCAACUCGUUAAGGAGCUCGAAGACUUGGAGAGGGGAAUUUGGGAGAUGGAGGCUCACCCGAAGGAUUGGGUUAGGAACGGAUUGGAGAGAGUUGGACACAUCCCCGAAGAGCUCCGUGAGUAUUGCGUCACUCACGAUAGGCGUAGCUGCGAAGUCUCAUCCUCCGAAGUUGAAAAUGAUCAGAGUCCUGACAUCAUCCGUCGUGUGAGAGAAGACGAUUUUUGUUUUCUUGGUGUUUUCAUUGCCGCUGGACAUGCCUAUAAGCAGUCUGUGUAUUCAAACGAGGUAAUGCGUACUGCUAAUCUUCAUGAAAUUUUCGAGAAUGGUGAAUAUGCAAAUGUGGAGUCAAUAUAUAGGCAAUUUUUACUCACGUGCCUCGAGUAUGGAAACCCGACUGCCAAAUACAUGGUAUCUCUCCGGAUUCUGACACAAGUUGGUCCUUCACAAGAAGCACUCGAUUUGCUUGUUGAAGACGGUAAAGAGAUAUUGGACGGGUUUUUACAAAGGGUUGAUGACCUUGCUGAAGGAGUCAUGAUCGCGAAACAUGUCGAAAGAGAGAUUGAUGCAAUGGGUCUACUUGGAUUUCGUAUCUUUUGGGAUGUUUUCAACCAUCACAACUUCCCCCGGUUUGCAUGUUAUACCAUCCGGUAGACAUUCUCCUUUGCAAACAUUGUUUUGCCUUAACAUACGCUACAAGGUUACGUACUAUGUGUUAACCAACCUCUAUCUUAGCCGUCAUUAAAUUGGGGUGUGUUUU